CGCCGCCGCCGCCGCCGCCAUGGCCUUCCUCGCGCGGGCGCUGCGCCACUCCAAGCCCUACCUCUCGCCCCGCAACCCGUCCGUGGCCGCCUCCCGCCGCUGGAUCUCCCCGACCGCGUCCGCGGGGUCGCCGGAGGCCGGCGCGGCCGUGGCGCCCGCCGACCCGGAGCUGCCGCCGCCGCGGGAGCCCGUCGGCGGCGCGCGCGUCGAGCUGCCCGCCAACCCGGACGACGUGCUCGAGGUCUUCGUCGACGGCCACGCCGUCAAGAUCCCCAAGGGCUUCUCCGUGCUCCAGGCAUGCGAGGUCGCCGGCGUCGACAUCCCAAGGUUCUGCUACCACAGCAGACUCUCCAUCGCCGGGAACUGCCGCAUGUGCCUCGUCGAGGUCGAGAAGUCGCCCAAGCCCGUCGCUUCGUGCGCCAUGCCUGCGCUACCAGGGAUGAAGAUCAAGACGAACACACCGAUCGCAAAGAAGGCAAGGGAGGGCGUCAUGGAGUUCCUGUUGAUGAACCAUCCGCUGGAUUGCCCUAUCUGCGACCAGGGCGGGGAGUGCGAUCUCCAGGAUCAGUCUAUGGCCUUUGGGUCUGACCGCGGCCGUUUCACCGAUAUGAAGCGCUCGGUCGUCGAUAAGAAUCUGGGCCCCUUGGUCAAGACCGUGAUGACCCGUUGCAUCCAGUGUACAAGGUGUGUCAGGUUUGCAUCCGAGGUUGCUGGUGUUCAAGACCUGGGUAUGUUAGGCCGUGGGAGUGGCGAAGAAAUUGGAACAUAUGUGGAGAAGCUCAUGACAAGCGAACUAUCUGGAAAUGUUAUCGAUAUCUGCCCUGUUGGAGCUCUUACAUCCAAGCCAUUUGCAUUUAAAGCUAGGAACUGGGAGCUCAAGGGCACUGAGACUAUUGAUGUCACCGAUGCAGUAGGUUCAAACAUAAGAGUUGAUAGCAGAGGUCCUGAAGUUAUGCGCAUUGUUCCACGCAUCAAUGAGGAUAUCAACGAGGAGUGGAUAUCUGACAAAACUCGGUUUUGUUAUGAUGGUCUGAAGAGGCAAAGACUAAAUGAUCCUAUGAUCCGUGGUUCUGAUGGCAGGUUUAAGGCAGUGACAUGGCGUGAUGCUAUGGCGGUUGUUGCUGAGGUUUUGAACCAAGUUAAACCAGAAGAAAUUACUGGAGUCGCUGGCAAACUUUCUGAUGCAGAAUCCAUGAUGGCAUUGAAAGAUUUUGUCAACAAAAUGGGUUCAGAUAAGGUGCUCUGUGAGGGAAAUGGUCCUAACCCACCAGCAGAUCUUCGGUCAAACUACCUAAUGAAUACUAGCAUUGCUGGGCUUGAGAAAGCUGAUGUCUUCCUUUUGGUUGGUACACAGCCUAGAGUUGAAGCUGCUAUAGUCAAUGCAAGGAUUCAGAAGACUGUUAGAGCAACACAAGCAAAGGUGGGCUACAUUGGUGCUCCAGCAGACUUCAACUAUGACCAUCAACAUCUUGGCACUGGGCCUGAGACCCUUGUUGAGAUCGCUGAGGGCCGGCAUCCUUUCUGUUCAGUACUGAAGUCUGCAAAGAAUCCUGUCAUCAUCGCUGGAGCUGGAUUAUUUGAACGGGAAGACCACGGUGCUGUGUUCUCAACAAUUGAAACUGUGGCGAAGAAGUUCAAUGUGACGAGACCAGACUGGAACGGCCUUAAUGUUCUAUUGCUCCACGCUGCACAGGCAGCAGCUCUUGAUCUGGGCCUCGUUGCUAAUCCUACCGAGAGCGUCAAGUCUGCAAAGUUUCUUUACCUGAUGGGAGCUGAUGAUGUGAACUUGGACAACCUUCCAGAGGAUGCCUUUGUCGUCUACCAGGGACACCAUGGUGACAAGGCUGUCUACAGGGCCAAUGUUAUCCUGCCGUCUUCAGCAUUCAGCGAGAAGGAAGGAACCUACGAGAACACCGAGGGAUGCACACAGUGGACCAUCCCAGCAGUUCCUACAGUUGGCGAUGCUAGGGAUGACUGGAAGAUCAUCCGUGCUCUGUCCGAGGUUGCCGGGGCUCCACUGCCUUACGACAGCGUCGCAGGUGUGAGGAACCGCAUCAGUAUGGUUGCCCCAAACCUUGUACAUGUGGAUGAGAGGGAGCCAUCCACCAUCUCUGCCGAGGUGAAGCCUGCGGUAAAGCAGCAAGUGAGCUCGACUCCAUUUAAAACCGUUGUGGAGAACUUCUAUAUGACCGAUGCGAUUACACGAGCCUCAAAGAUCAUGGGUCAGUGCAGCGCAGCCUUGUUGAAGAAGUGAGAUGUACUCUACGUCUAAACAUUGGCAGGCGAGAUUUUAGUUGCUUUUCUGUUUUUGCUCCGAACUUCACCCGGUUGUUGUUUGGCCUGGUUCGGAGGUUGGAGUGUAAUUUGGACUGCCUCUGGAUCUGAAGAGCAGCAGAACUUAUAAAAGCAGUGCAUUUCUGUAACGUGUUGUGAGAAGCAGAGCAUACUUAAUAAGCUUGUUGUCCUCUUGAAUUAGCCACAAGCAAUAAUUUUGUUGUAUUUCUUGGGUUUGUCCCGCUCGUUUUCCGGUUCCUGGAAAGCAGGCAAAUGUAGCUGUAUGUGCAAAUUAAGGUAUACUCGGUUUCAUCAUUCACUUGUGUGUUGAAUACUUGAAUGGACCAUAGUUCUGAACC